AUAUGCAGAGAUCUCACUUUAUCUUUAAGGGUCCCUCAAACGCAAAAAGUGGCCCUAAGUACCGUGCAAGAACCUCCCUUCUACUUCACUUCAUCACGGCACCCUAGAUUUCAAGUGAAGGAAGCUGUCAUACUUUAGGCCGCCCGAUCCGAGCCUUAAGGGACCCUAAAUUAAGAUGGCGGUCAUUAUUUGAAAAAAAUAACUUAUUUAAUUAAACUUCUACUGUAAUAUAAAGAGGAAUUGGGCUUGCGCUGCUUGUAAAUAAUGAUAAUUAUUUAAAAUGAAUGUGUAGGAAGAGUUUUGUUGCAUAUGCGACUCUUUUAAAUAUUCUAGUGUUAAAACAACUUAUCCCAUAUCCACCCAGACCAUCUUUGUUUACAUUUUGAAGUGCUUACUUUAUUUACUAGAAAAUAGCCGUUUCGUAAGUGAUUUCUAAACAUUAUUGUGUGUUCUUAGAGUAAAUAAAGUACUGUGUGAGUUUAUAUUUGCUCUGAUGGAUGACCCGAGAUUGUUUGACGAAGAAUAUUUAGAUUUUAUUCAACGGGUCGAAAAUAGAGAAAACCAUCAUCCCCGACGGUAUUUACGUGAUGGUCAAAAUCCUUGCGAAUUCUUCUCCGACAUCGAAUUCGUCAAACGUUUUCGAUUUUCUAAACAGAUUGUGAUGGACACUAUUGUGCCUCUUGUUGCUGCCGACAACAAUGAUAGGAGAGGAUUGCCAUUGCCACCAGUUCUUAAAGUUGUAAUAGCCUUGCGAUUUUAUGGCAGCAAUAGUUUUCAGAAUGUAUGUGGUGACCUAUGCCAUGUCAAUCAAGCAACAGUGUCAAGGAUUGUAAAGGUUGUUUCUGCACAAUUGGCCGAGCACCUUUUGGAGUAUGUUUAUUUUCCUGGACGGCAGCAACUUCAAGAAUACCAUAGGCAGUUCUAUGUAAAUGGUGGCUUUCCUGGUGUAACUGGGUGCAUAGACUGCACUCACAUUGGCAUUAGAAGCCCUGGUGGCCAGUUUGCAGAACUCUACCGUAAUAGGAAGGGUUACAUGUCUCUCAAUGUUCAGGUUGUCUCAGGUCCUAACCUUGAGAUUCUUGAUAUUGUGACAAGGUGGCCUGGCAGUACACAUGACUCAAGGAUUUUCAGCAACAGCCGGGUGAUGACUCGUUUUGAAAAUAGAGUUCUGCCAGGAGUACUGCUGGGAGACAAUGGCUAUCCUCAACUGCAUUUUCUUUUUACUCCAAUACUGGUGCCAAAUACAGUUGAGGAAACUCGCUACAAUGUAGCCCACAAGCGGACCCGGAAUACAGUAGAAAGACUGUUUGGAGUAUGGAAGCGGAGGUUCUCAUGCUUGGGACACAAGCUACGCUCAAGUCUCCAUACUACCAGCAGGGUCAUCGCUGCAUGUGCUGUUUUGCAUAAUAUAGCUGUUGCACGUGGUGAGCCACUGCCACCUCCUCCAGCUGACGAGGAGCACUUCAUGCCUGCUGUUCCUGUUGCAAAUGCGGCACCACGAAAUAAUCGUGGAGUUGAAGUGCGUGCAGAUUUUAUUCAGCGAAACUUUUUCUGAAUUUCGUUGAUUUAUUUUGAGUAGAUUGAAAACCCUGUCUUACCACCAAUGUUAUUUUUUAAUCAACAUGUAAUCACAAAAGCAAACGGCGUAGAAUCUAUACUAAUAUUAUAAAACUGAAGAGUUUGUUUGUUUGGACGCGCUAAUCUCAGGAACCACUGGUCCGAAUUGAAAAAUUAUUUCAGUGUUGGAUAGUACAUUUAUUGAGGAAGGCUAUAGGCUAUAUUAUAUUAUCAAUAACAUUAGGGAUUCUUACUAAAAGUCCAAUUUAGAAUCAAAUGUGUUGGAGGGGGUUAGAUACAACAUGCAGUACACGUACGAAGUGUGUGUUGACAAUGCCGCAGGCGCUAGAAGUUUAUUUCCUAUUGCAUAUUAACAUUGU